AUGGCUGCAUCCACUCCGCAAGACUCCCGGGAGGAUCCUUGGGACAAGGAGACGAAGCAGAAAUUCGAGACGGCCGACGUCAGUAAAUCCAAGAGCGAAUACUACGACCCGUGCCAGGAGGCCGCUCAGCGGAGCUACAAGUGCCUUUACCGAAACGGUGGCGACAAGUCCAUGUGCGGAGAUUACUUUCAGUGCGUACCAGAUGCCGUUCCGGACGACCGACGUCGGACACGCGGACGGACUGUUGAGGGCUAA